AGUUGAACCUGGUCAAUCAGUUGUCAGAGCUUUGUUUUACAAACACACACACACUGUCAUUUUCUAUCCGAGUUUGGCUCAUAAAAAAGGAAGAGGCUUCUAAAGUGUAAGGCUAAGUUGAAUGACAUAAACUACGGUUGUUGGAAUCGCUGAACACCAGUAAUGUCAGAGUUGAGUGGGAAGGUCCAGACCGUCCUGGGCCUGGUGGAUCCGGACCAGCUGGGCCGCACAAUGACCCACGAGCACCUGACCAUGACCUUUGCGUGCUGCUACUUCCCCCCUCCUCAAGGCGACGAGGCGGUGGCGGAGAACCCGUUCCAGAUGCAGCACAUGCACUGGCUGAGGCAGAACCCCUACAGCUGCCACGAGAACCUGCUGCUGCAGCAGGAAGUCCCCGCCGUGAGGGACGAGCUGCUGGCCUACAGGAAGGCCGGCGGGGGAACUAUCGUGGAGAACACGACCACAGGCAUCGACCGGGACCUGCCCACCCUCAAGCAGCUCUCCAAGGACACAGGGGUCCACGUCAUAGCAGGAGCAGGGUACUACGUGGACUGCACCCACACUGAGGCCACCAAGAGAAUGAGUGUGGAGAAGCUCACAGACAUCAUCGUCAGCGAGGUGCUUCACGGCGCCGACGGUACUGACAUCCGCUGCGGAGUGAUCGGAGAGAUCGGCACCGGCUGGCCCAUCACUGAGAGUGAGAGGAAGGUGCUGAGGGCCACAGCUCACGCUCAGACACAGCUGGGCUGCCCCGUCAUCAUCCAUCCCGGCAGGAACCCCGCGGCUCCGGCUGAAGUCCUGCGGAUUCUCCAGGAGGCUGGUGGUGACAUCAGUAAAACUGUCAUGUCACACCUGGACAGGACUAUAUUUGAUGAUGGUGAACUGCUUGAGUUUGCGAAGCUUGGGAGUUACCUGGAGUACGAUCUGUUUGGAACAGAGAUGCUGGACUACCCCUACAACCUGGAGGUGGACAUGCCCAGUGACAGCCAGAGAGUGAAGGCCUUGGAGUUACUCGUGAAGGAGGGCUACGGCGACAAGGUACUGGUCGCACACGACAUCCACACCAAGAACCGUCUCACAAAGUACGGCGGCCACGGCUACUCUCACAUCCUAAAGAAUAUUGUGCCGAAGAUGCUGAUGAGGGGGAUCUCGCAGCACCAGGUGGACAAGAUCCUCAUCGACAACCCCAAACACUGGCUGACCUUCAAAUAAGCAAGAAAAGGGA